AUGGCUCAGAACUUGAGGAAUCUGAUUUUUAAAGGGAUUGAUGAAGGUGUCAUUCCGACACUUAUGGACUUUAUCAGAGUUCCUAAUCUUUCACCUUUAUAUGAUAGUGAAUGGGAAACCAAUGGAAGGAUGGAGCAAGCCAUUUCAGUGAUUACUGGGUAUAUGGACUCUUUAAACAUCAGAAAUUUCACUAAAGAAAUCAUCAGAGAGCCUGGAAAAGCUCCAAUUCUAUUUGGCGAAGUCCAAGCCACCCAGCCUGGCCUUGGAACAGUAUUGAUUUAUGGGCAUAUUGACAAGCAGCCACAUUUCACAGGCUGGAUUGAAGGAGCCAAUAAUACAGAGCCAGCUAUUAUUAAUGGAAAACUAUAUGGAAGAGGUGGAGGCGAUGAUGGUUACUCUAUGCCUACAGCAGCAUUAUUGGUGAAAACAUUGCAGACCUUAGAAAUCCCACAUGGAAGAAUUGUGAUUAUUGGAGAAAAUGAAGAAGAAAGCGGCAGCAUCAAUUUAAAGUAUUAUUUAAAUAAACUUAAAGACAGAAUUGGGGAGCCUGAAGUCACUUUUUGCUUGGAUUCUGGAAUAUACCUUAUUAUAUUCAGUUAUUAAUUAUGAUAAUGCAUUUUUCAUUAAUUUUUUCUAGGUUUUUAUUAAAAAUAAAUAGGGAUAGGAGAUUAUGAGCAUUUUUGGAUCACAAAUAGCCUUAGAGGUGUAUUGAAAAUUGACGUCACUGUAAGGCUGAUCAAUGAAGGUGUUCACUCAGGAGGCUCAGGAGUAAUCCCAGAUUCUUUUAGAAUUUUACGUCAACUGCUUGACAGAAUUGAAGACUCAAAAUCCGGAGAAAUUUUGCUGCCAGAACUUCAUACGCAGAUUCCUCCAGAAAUUUAUGCACAAGCAGCAGCUACAGCUUCUAUUAUUGAUGAAGUAAAAUCUGUGUCAUGGGUGUCAGGUGGGAAGCCAGUGACUGAGGAUAAAGUCAUGCAGACGGUUAAUCAGACUUGGAAACCUACAUUGUGUGUGGUUGGGGCUGAAGGAUUUCCAACAAUUCAAAAUGCUGGAAAUUUAUGCUUUAUUUGUAUAUUUUACAUAAUAUUGAUAAAAAAUUUACCCUUAUUUUUUUACAAAAAUUAGGCCAUUUUUUAAAAUUAUUGUUUUAUAUUAUAAUAAAUGAAGCAUAAUAAGACCUUAUACCUCUGUAAGGCUUUCAAUCAGACUUCCUCCAGGAAUUAAUGGCCCAGCAGCACAAGAAAGAGUUAUCCAUGAGCUUACUAGAGACCCUCCAUAUGGUGCUCAUAUAGAAAUAAAAACUGCAAAGCCUAAUGAAGGAUGGAGGCUUCAGCCUUUGUCCCCUUGGCUUUCAGAAUCCAUUCAAAGAGCCUCUCAAGAAUAUUUUGGAAAAGAUGCUCUUUAUUUUGGUGUUGGAGGAAGCAUCCAUUUAAUGGGUAUGCUUGCUGAAAUUUUCCCGAGCACCGAGCUAUUAGUUACUGGGAUUUUAGGUACUGAUAGCGGUGCUCAUAGCUGCAAUGAAAACCUUAGAAUUGAUUACUUGAGGUCCUUUGCAUGCUGUGUCGGCUCUAUUUUAGCAGACCACGCUAGAAAAUAA